AUGUUUUUUUACGUCUUGUUCUCGGUUUUUGCAAUAGUUUUUUGUGAUUCUGGAAUUUGUGAAUCACCAGAAGGAGUGAAAUGUGAUUGUCAAAGUUUUGAAAAUGAAAUGAAGGUAAGUUCUUAUCUGGUCAAUUGUACAACCCUUUGAAAAUAACCCUAAAAAAUUUAACCCUCUGAAAAUAAAUAUCCCUCGGACUUGAACAACCCUCAGAAAUAACCCUCUGAAAUUGAAAUUUCCUAGAAAAGGGUGUUUUUUCCAGAGUUUUUUGAAUUACAAAAAGUGAAUUUCAGAAAACAUGAUUAUUUAUUCCGGAUAAUUACAUAAUAAUGUGAAAUAUAUACUUUUUCAACUUUUAGGUUGAUAAAAAGUUUUUCUUAAAAUAUGUUUUUAGUCAUUUCUGUCAGAGUUAUUCACAAUAACUAUAAUUUACUGUUAUUGUGAGUAAUUUUCAAGCCCUCAGAAUCAGAGGGAAAAAAUUCUUAGGGUUAUUUUUUUCCAAGGGUUAUGUUUUUUCAAAGGGUUAAAUUUUUUAGGGUUAUUCUCAAAGGGUUGUACAAUUGACCUCUUAUCUCAUUUUCUGUAAUUUUUUGAAAAUCAUUUUUUCAGAUAAGCAAUUGUUGGAAGAAAGGUGAAUGGUCAAAUUGGUCAAUUUGGUCAAAGUGUCGAUCAGGAAUUCAAAAACGAAGAAGGAAAUGCAAUAAUCCAGCACCUUUAGGAAUUGGCCAAUUUUGUCGAGGAGAUUCACUUGAAAAAAGAACUUGUAGUGAUAUUCCUGAAUACAUUUUCAAUUCUUGGACAAGUUGGAAUGAAUGGACAACGUGUGAUUGUUCGAAAAAACAACAAUCACGGUGAGGGUUUUUUAAAAUACUAUAAUUUUUAAAAAUUCAAGUUUUUCAGAAUUCGAUUUUGCCAAAAUGAGUCUUGUGAAGGAUGUAAUUUUGAACAACGAGAUUGUUCGAAAGAUUGUCCAGAUGUUCGAAAAUGGACAAAAUGGUCAGCAUGGUUUCUUGAUGUGAAUGGAAAUGAGGUUCGAUUUAGCGCAUAUACUUCAUCGAAUUUUGGAAUUGUUGAGCUUGUGCAAGAAAAACGAGAGCGAAUUCAAGAAAAUAGUACGUUACACCUUUUCAAUUUUCUGUAAUAUUGUAUAUGUAUAUAAUUUUUUCAGUUCAAUGGUCAAACUGGAAAUUCACAUCAAAUAUUGCGUAUCGAUUUCGAGUGUUAUCUGAAACUGUGAUCGAUUUCGAACAUUACAUGAUCCAUCCUAAAAUUAACACACUGGUUCCAAUUUAUAUUACAAUGUUUGUUGGAGGUAUCGGCUUUAUUUGUGGGUUUACUGUUCAAUGUUUUUUGAGUUGGAUUUUCGGAAAAAUUUCUUCAUAUCGAUCAGUUUCAUCAGACUAUUCGUCUGGCCAAUUUUAUUGAUCAAAUAAAUAAUUACAACAAAACAUUUAUUAACAAAUUGAAAAUUUAAGACAAAUAAAAAUGUAAAGAAAAAUUGUAUCAUCGAAAAAACAUUCUAGAAUUGUUUUUCGUUUGAGCAGAUAUUCAGAACUCAAAAAUUAAUCAAGUCGUUCACGAACAGUUAUUGAUCGGGAAAAAUGUGGACUUAUGCAUCGUCCAAAGUGAAAAAAAAUGCGAAAAAUCAAAAAAAAAACGUCCAAACUGACGCAUUUUUUUUCGCAGAAAUCGCAUUUUUUCGAGCACCUUUUUCGCGUUUCCUGGUGUUUUUCGACCCAAAAUGGACAGAAAUUGAAAGAAUUUGUCUGAAAUGGUGUUUUUAUUGAUACUGGAAGAAAAAUCAAUGGUGAAACAUGAAAAAAAGCGAUUUUGAAAAUUUCAAAUUUUUUCGACUUUUUCGAAAUUUUUUCGACAAACUCAUUUUUCAUGUUUCACCGCUGAUUUUUCUUCCAGUAUCAAUAAAAACACCAUUUCAGACAAAUUCUUUCAAUUUCUGUUCAUUUUGGGUCGAAAAACACCAGGAAACGCGAAAAAGGUGCUCGAAAAAAUGCGAUUUCUGCGAAAAAAAAUGCGUCAGUUUGGACGUUUUUUUUUUGAUUUUUUUUUUUCACUUUGGACGAUGCAUUAGUGUUUCUCGGGUCCGUUUCAAAAUGUUCCGAAAAUUCCAAACCGAUCAAAGUAACUGUUCAUGUUACCGCAUAUGAUUAAAUCAAGGGAUGGGACGAUAAAUUUAUAAAGUUAAAGUGAAACCGGUACAAAUACCAUUCGAUACACCUGCCAGGCUCAAUUUAUCCUGUUCACACUUAUAAAACUUAUCAGGCUAAUUCGGGCAGCUGAACAAACCAGGGCUUACAGUAUUAAAAAUCUUCUCUGUUUUACUUCAACCCAGCUCAUGGAUUACAAGCUUGUUUAUAUAGAUCAACAAAAUAUCAGAACAAUACCGUACUGUUACCCAGCGAUCUAGGACGUACUUACGCUAUAAAAACCUCGUUUUUUGAAUUUACCUAUGCUUAACCAAAUCAAAAAUAAUUCAAAAACUGUUAAUCAGAAAUAGAUCAUCUCAGAAGUGGGGGGGGGGAGAGAAAUCCAUAGAUCAUCGAUGGUCACUAAUAGUCCAGCAGAAAAUUCAUGCACUGUUGUUGAAAUACAAUUUUUUCCAUUCACGUCGAGUACCAAUAGUCUUCAUAAUAAUUAUCAAAAAAUUCUUCAUCGAUAGUUGCUCAGUAGCACCAUAAUUCAGGCAACGUUAUGUUGAAAUAUAAUAUUUUCCAUUCACGUCGUGUACCAAUAGAUUUACAUAAUAACAAUCAUAAAGUCACCAAAUCAUCAUCGAUAGUCGAUAGUUUAUCAGCAUACCAUCCGCGUGUCGUUGUUUGA